GAUAAAUCAACCACGUUAUAAAGCAGCUUUUCACUUAAACACCAUAAAAUACAAUAAUACAAUAUUAAAAGCGGAACCAGAGUCAGAGAGUCGCGCGAGCCAGCCGGAAGCGUUUCAGGCGGAAUAAAUAGUGAAUGCGCGUGUUUAAUCGCUCUAAAUAUGUUCAAAAACACAUUUCAGAGCGGAUUUCUGUCUAUUCUUUACAGUAUCGGCAGUAAACCCCUUCAGAUCUGGGAUAAGAAGGUCAGAAAUGGACACAUUAAACGAAUAACAGACAAUGACAUCCAGUCUUUGGUACUUGAAGUGGAGGGAACUAAUGUGAGUACCACCUACAUCACAUGUCCUGCAGACCCAAAGAAGACCCUCGGCAUCAAACUUCCCUUCCUCGUAAUGAUCAUUAAAAAUCUCAAGAAGUAUUUCACAUUUGAAGUUCAGGUACUGGAUGAUAAGAACGUCAGACGACGGUUCCGGGCGAGUAACUAUCAGAGUACGACACGUGUAAAGCCUUUCAUCUGCACGAUGCCCAUGAGACUCGAUGAUGGUUGGAAUCAAAUCCAGUUCAACCUGUCAGAUUUCACACGGCGCGCGUAUGGGACCAAUUACAUUGAGACUCUGCGAGUGCAGAUCCACGCAAACUGUCGCAUCAGAAGAGUUUAUUUCUCUGACCGGCUGUACUCUGAAGACGAGCUGCCUGCUGAAUUUAAACUCUAUUUACCAGUACAAAACAAAUCAAAGCAGUGACACGGCCGACUGGAUUUCAUCAUCUCCCCCCUUUGUUUCUUCUGCACACAUUAAUAUCAGACAGAUUUCUAGUGGGCCAAUCUGUGUUUAUUUUUUUAAGUGUUAUUUUGAAGCUGUGUGGAUCUUUGUUGUCUGCUAAUAAAUAUUUUAUAUGCUCAAACUGAA